UCUCAUCCCAACACGUGAAUCUUACACACUCUCAUUUUCUCUCUCCUCCAUUCUUUCUUCAUUUCGUUCUUCACUCACUCUUAUAAACCCGAUAAUAAUUCCUUUUCAUUAAUCUUCAUUCCAGAAAUCGAAAUCCAAAUCAAAGAGAGAGAAAAAAGUUGGAGAAGACAUGGCGACUUUUAGGGUUUCGAUUUUUCUUGUAUCUCUUUUAGCUUUAUUUGCUUGGAUCUCUGCUUCUGAUUCUGAAACUACCGAUUCAUCUGAGUCAAAGGAGUACGUUCUCACUCUCGACCACUCGAAUUUCACUGAUGUCGUUUCCAAACAAGAUUUCAUUCUCGUUGAAUUCUACGCUCCUUGGUGUGGACACUGUAAGAAUCUAGCUCCUGAGUAUGAGAAAGCCGCGGCCAUAUUAAGCAAAAACGACCCUCCAAUUUUGUUGGCUAAGGUAGAUGCCAAUGAUGACGCAAACAAGGAUCUUGCUGCUGAACAUGAUGUUAAGGGUUACCCUACUUUGAAAAUUUUGAGGAACGGUGGUAAGUAUUCUCAAGAGUACAAGGGCCCCAGGGAAGCUGACGGAAUUGUUGAAUAUUUGAAGAAACAGAGCGGCCCUGCAGCUGUUGAGAUUAAAUCUGCUGAAGAUACUGCUGCUGUUAUUGGAGAUCUUAAAGUUGUUAUUGUUGGAAUUUUCCCAGAGUUAUCUGGAGACGAAUACACAAAUUUCAAAGCUUUGGCUGAAAAAAUGCGUUCUGAAUAUGAGUUUGGUUAUACCACUGAUGCAAAGCUCCUUCCAAGGGGUGACUCAUCUGUGAAGAAGCCCACCCUUAGACUUUUUAAGCCAUUUGACGAGCUUGUAGUUGACUCUCAGGAUUUCAGUUUGGAGGCUGCUGAAAAGUUCAUUGAAGAAUCCAGUAUCCCUACUGUGACUCUUUUCAGCAAGGACCCAGCAAACCAUCCCUAUGUUAUCAAGUUUUUUAACUCUCCAAAUGCUAAGGCUUUGUUGUUUGUGAACUUCACCACUGACUUUGAUUCGUACAAGUCAAAAUAUGAGCAAGUUGCUGCAGAAUACAAGUCAAAGGGUAUUAGCUUUUUAUUGGGAGACCUUGACGCUAGUCAAGGAGCACUCCAGUACUUUGGCCUUAAAGAGGACCAGGUGCCAGUCAUUGUUGUUCAGACAAAUGAGGGCCAGAAAUAUGUUAAGGACAAAGUUGAGGCUGAUCAACUUGCAGCAUGGAUCAAGGACUACAAUGAUGGCAAAGUGUCUGCAUACAGGAAGUCUGAACCCAUCCCUGAAAGUAACGACGAGCCUGUCAAGGUGGUUGUUGCCGACACUCUUCAGGAAAUGGUGUUUAAUUCUGGUAAAAACGUUCUUUUGGAAUUUUAUGCACCCUGGUGUGGACAUUGCCAAAAGUUGGCUCCCAUCUUGGAUGAAGUUGCUGUUUCCUUUGAAAAUGAUAAAGACAUUGUCAUUGCCAAGCUUGAUGCAACUGCAAAUGACCUCCCUAAUGAUACCUUUGAAGUUAAAGGUUACCCAACUUUGUACUUUAGAUCAGCUAGUGGAAAGAUUACAUCAUAUGAAGGAGACAGGACCAAGGAAGACAUUAUGGACUUUAUUCAAAAGAGCAGGGAUUCAGCCACUGAGCAAAUUACUGAGCCAACUUCUGCCAAGGACGAGUUGUAAUUUAGG